AUGGCCUCAACUGUGAAAAGACAUCGGCAGAACACGGAAGGAGAUGCUCCGCGACAUAAAAAGACCAGAACGGACAACAGUUCGGUCACGUCACCUGAGACCAGCACUAUAAUAGGGACCUCUUUUCCUGCCUCUGAGAAGAAAAUCGAUUCCAACGGCGAUUUCUACUGGAACAUCUCGCGUCUCCGUCGGCUGACGGUUUCCUCCUUCAAAGGCCGUAUCCUGGUCAGCGUGAGAGAGUACUAUGAAAAGGAUGGACAAGAACUCCCGGGUAAAAAGGGGAUAUCAAUGCCUUUGGAUCAGUUUAAUACCCUGAUCCAAUUAAUACCCAAUGUUGAAACGGCUAUUAAAGAGAAAGGCGGAUCUCUGGAUAGACCGAAUUAUGUUGACGGUGAAAGCAAGGAGUCCUCCGGGAGUAACCCAGCGCAAGAAAGUUCGGGCUCGGAGUCUGACAAAUCUGAAGAUAAUUAGCUUGGACUUCUUCUUGCAUGUUUUGAUUUAUUCUUUGGUGUGUUCUAUUUCAUUGUAAUCUAAUCUGUAUACAACUAUCAACCAACUGAUUGGGUUCAAGGUGAUCAUCACCCGAGUGCCGCUUUGCAAGUAACCAUUUUAAGAUCAUGCGCUCGUCUCCUGUGUCUCUAUGCGGCUGGCUACAUACCCUCCUUUUUUGGGUUCUGUUCUCGUCCCCAACCUUACCCUACUCACCUCUCCCAAGGGUUUUUACAACUAUGCGGUCUCCAGGAUAUAUCUUCGCAGUAUUCUUCGCUCCCGGGUUUAUUUCCUUGACGUUCCAUUUGCCUGGCUGCCCUCGUAUUGGUGUCCUCCUCAUCCAAAUGUUCAGUACACAUUGGCCAUCCCCGCCUCCAUUUAAACCAUGUGGGUGGUACACCCUGCGCUCUGAGAGAAUGGAUACUUGUACUGGAAUUCGAAAGUCGAUGUCCCGGAUCACGCCAUCUCCACCCCGGUGCUGACCGUUCCCACCAGACCCCGGUCUCAAACAGAACUCUCUUAUUAAUACGGGAUGCCUUCGUUCAAACACUUCAGAAUCCGUAAUUUGAGUGUUAGUCAUAUGGGUGUGGACUCCUGAGGUCCCUUCCCAGUCUGGGCCAGCACUACUCCCACCAGCGAUUGUUUCAUAAUACCCAAAUCCUUUGGUUUCUUUUCUCCUGAAACAUUCCCGCUAUAUACAAUCACUAAAUUGUUUGUACCCCCUGGGAAGCAGCGCAAGUUUGGAAGCAUUUUAAAAUCACGUCGGUCACUCUCUGACUCUGUGUUGCAUGUCAGGAAAGGAGAAGAAUAAAAGGAAGCUCAACCAUUAGGGGACUCUUAAGGAGGCAAUGAAAUUGCUUGACCUACUGUUAAAACGUUACCACCAACAACUGCUGCUUUAUCAGAUGGGGAAAGAAAACUAUUUUUUGGGAUUCGCACAUUGAUGGGCUUGAGACACCCUUGGUUUAAUGGAAUAUCUUCAGAUAUUAGACACCGUAAGCAGCAAAUAAUGGCAGAACUUCAGAGCUGGUGCCUUC